AUGGACUACCUCGUGGCAAAUCCCAUCGGCCACAGUUACCCAGAACAGGCGAGCAAGUUUACAGCUAAGGGGUAUACACGCUCAGAAAGAGCUUCAAUGGACAUCCGCAACCCAUUCUCAGACAGCGCGGCACCCAGUGUUGUCGCUAGUGUUGGGUCCGGUGCUGCCCAUUCUGCUGAAGACAGUAUUACAGAGUUGCCUCUUCGACAAUCGACCUACACUCGUGCGUCGGUGAAACGGAGGUUCAAGACCUAUCUCUUAACUGGCGAGUAUGAACGGCCUUGGGUGAACGACAAGCGCAUGAAGAAAAUCCGCGUGAAUAACUAUAUCAUUUGGGGAUUCUUUAUCGCUGGAUUGGCCGUGAGUGGUUAUAUCAGUUAUCACGCCACGACACAAGUGCCCAAGCAUAGCUAUUGUCUCAUCUUGGACGAUGACUUUUCAACAUUCGAUACCAAUGUGUGGACUCGUGAAGUUCAGGUUGGUGGCUACGGCACUGGAGAGUUUGAGUGGACUACUACCGACGACCGCAAUGUCUUUGUAGAUCAGGAAGGUCUUCACAUCGUCCCGACUCUCACAACAGACACGACACCUAUCACCGCGGCUGAGAUUGUCAAUGGUUACACGCUGAAUCUCACCAAAGCCGGCGGCGAUGGCACUUGUACAGGAACAACCAAUGAAGCAUGUUCGGUGCACUCGAACAGCACGCUGGAAACUGUAAUCAACCCAGUCCGCUCGGCACGCUUGAACACGAACGGCAGCAAAUCCAUCACGUACGGCCGUGUUGAAGUUGUUGCCAGGCUUCCGGCUGGGGACUGGCUGUGGCCAGCUAUUUGGAUGAUGCCUGCGAAUAGUGUUUACGGACCAUGGCCUGCCAGCGGCGAGAUUGACCUUGCGGAAAGUCGAGGAAACGAUAUUUCCUACGCCAACGGCGGCCGGGAUGUCGUGUCGAGUACUAUGCACUGGGGCCCAACCUCCAGCCUAGACGCAUACUGGCGCACAACGCGCGGCAAGGCCCUUCGCCGGACAGACUUCACCAAAGGCUUUCAUACCUUUGGCCUUGAGUGGUCGGAGGAUUACAUCUUUACGUGGGUUGAUAAUCCACUUCAGCAAGUUAUGUAUUGGGCCUUCCCCAAAAACACAAACAUGUUCCAACGUGGCAAAUUCACUGGGCAGACGGCGAACAAUUCACUGGUCACCAACCCAUGGUCGCAUACUGGCCGACCUAACUCGCCAUUUGACCAGCCUUUCUACUUGAUCCUAAAUGUUGCGAUUGGAGGCACAAACGGGUGGUUCCAGGACGGCAUUGGGAAUAAGCCCUGGACAGAUGCGGGCCACGGCGCCGCGGAUUUCUACGCUAAUCGCUCCACUGACAUGGCGAUUUUCUCAUUUUUAGGUCUGGAUCAAUGGUACCCCACCUGGUCCAACACGUCCUCUCGCGGGAUGACCGUGAAAUCCGUCAAGAUGUGGCAGCAAGGUGCCUGUCCUUGA